GCCCCCCUCGGGCGCGCGGCCGCAGCCGGCGGGGCCGGGCCGGGCCGGGCCGGGAUGGCGGCGGGGGCGGCGGGGGCGGCGGGGGCCGCGCGGGGCCGGGCCCGGGGCCGCUGACAGCCGCCGCCGCGCCAUGUACGCCAAGGGCAAGGGCUCCGGCGUGCCCUCGGACGGCCAGGCCCGCGAGAAGCUGGCGCUCUACGUCUACGAGUACCUGCUGCACGUGGGGGCCCAGAAAUCUGCCCAGACCUUCUUGUCGGAGAUCCGAUGGGAGAAGAACAUCACGCUGGGGGAGCCCCCCGGCUUCCUGCACUCCUGGUGGUGCGUGUUCUGGGAUCUGUACUGCGCCGCUCCCGACCGCCGCGAGACCUGCGAGCAUUCCAGCGAGGCCAAAGCCUUCCAUGACUACAGCGCGGCGGCGGCGCCCAGCCCGGUGAUGGGGAACCUGCCCCCCGGGGAUGGCAUGGCCGGGGGUCCCGUGCCCCCCGCCUUCUUCCAGCCGUUCAUGUCCCCCCGCUACCCCGGCGGCCCCCGGCCCCCGCUACGGAUGCCCAACCAGCCCCCCGUGGGCGUUCCUGGCUCCCAGCCGCUGCUGCCCAACGCCAUGGACCCGGCUGCGCGGGCUCAGGGGCAUCCCGGCAUGGGGGGCCCGAUGCAGCGCAUGAACCCCCCCCGAGGCAUGGCGGGCAUGGGGCCGCAGAGCUACGGCAGCGGGAUGCGCCCCCCCCCCAGCUCGCUGGCCGGCCCUGGGAUGCCCACCAUGAACAUGGGUCCCGGUGGCCGCGGGCCCUGGCCCAACCCCAACGCCAACUCUAUUGCCUACUCCUCCUCAUCCCCUGGGAAUUACGUGGGCCCUCCUGGGGGUGGUGGCCCCCCUGGUACCCCCAUCCUGCCCAGCCCCGGAGACUCCACCAACUCCAGCGAGAACAUGUACACCAUGAUGAACCCCAUGGGACCCGCGGGGAGCCGGCCCAACUUCCCCAUGGGCCCCGGAGCCGAGGGGCCGCUGGGCGGGAUGAGCGCCAUGGAGCCGCACCACAUGAACGGGUCCUUAGGCUCCGGGGACAUGGAUGGGCUGCCAAAGAGCUCCCCCAGUAAUUUGGGGGCCCUGAGCAACCCCCCCGGGACCCCUCGUGACGACGCCGAGCUGAGCAGCAAUUUCCUAAAUCCCUUCCAAAGCGACAGCUACUCGCCCAGCAUGACAAUGAGCGUGUGAGCCCCGCGCCGAGGCCGCCGACAGCCAGACCGCCCUCACCCACCACCGAAAAAACAAAAAAAACCACAAAAAAACCAAAAAAACCAAAAAA